AUGACAUAAAUCUCGCGUUUUCUGGGCUCAAAUUAGAGUUUGACACAGAAGGUGUAUAGAGCUUUAAAAAUGUAGUUGCGAUCAGGACUUGUGUCACUAUGGAAGGCCUUGGCGCGAUUUUAAGGGCCAGUCAACUCUUGCGCAAAGCGCCCAUUUAUGGCCCUAAAAUGUCGCUAUUAUGCAAUGAAAUGAGUUUUAACCCUUUAAAGUAUUCGAUGCAAGGGGUGUACAGGAAAUGGGAGUGUUCGGUCGCUCUGGAACAAACAUUCAGGUGUGUAGAGGGGACCCUUGACAGACGUCCGAAUUUGGCUUUCGAGAUCCCCUGCUACGAAAAGUACGGGCUAGACAAAGACAUUCGUAUGAGCAAAAGCUUUUGGCCAGAGCAUGGCGCCGGAAUCGGCCUCCAUCGACUGGAAUUGAUGGACCGUUUUGGGCAAAAGGAAUACCUUCUUCGAAGACACAGGGGAGGAAAGGUCAAGAAUAAGCUCAGGAACCUUGAAAAGAAGAAGAAAAGAGAGCAACAAGCCCUUGCCAACAAAUUUACGAGGGACAUAUUCACCAAAAAGACCGAAUAGUUUGUAGAUUUGCAUCACUUCUUUGAGGAGUACAUUAAUGU